GUAGCCGCCUUGGCGCCGCUUCGCCGAGCCCUGCGAGCCGCCGAGCCUCCCCCAGCCCGGCAGGAUGCGGGGCCUGCUGUCUGGCGUAGUGUUGCUGUACGGUGUCGUCGUUCUGGGCGCGUUCGCCGUCGGGAGAAGGAAUGUGGACCCGGAGACGAAUAUGAACAUCAGUCAGAUUAUCAUGUUCAGGGGAUACCCCAGUGAGGAAUAUGAAGUGACAACAGAGGAUGGGUACAUUCUUUCUGUUAACAGAAUUCCUUAUGGAAGAAAAGAUCUGGGGCGGAGCAAAGGUCCAAGGCCUGCUGUGUUUCUGCAGCAUGGUUUGCUUGCUGAUGGCAGCAACUGGGUCACGAACUUGGAUUACAACAGCCUUGGCUUUAUGCUGGCAGAUGCUGGAUAUGAUGUAUGGCUGGGAAACAGCAGAGGGAACACCUGGUCCAGGAAACAUGUACACUUCACAGUGAAGCAAGAAGAGUUCUGGAUUUUUAGCUUUGAUGAAAUGGCUAAAUAUGACAUUCCAGCUUCUGUGGACUUCAUUUUGAAGAAAACUGGCCAGGAGCAAGUAUUUUAUGUUGGCCAUUCACAAGGCACCACCAUGGCUUUCAUUGCUUUUUCAACUUUGCCAAAGCUAGCCAAGAAAAUAAAAAUGUUCUUUGCCUUGGCACCAGUAGCUACAGUCAAGUUUUCCACUAGCCCUCUGACAAAGCUGGGAGCAUUUCCUGAUCUGCUUAUCAAGAACUUGUUUGGAAAGAAGCAAUUUCUUCCUCAGAAUUUUUGGCUGAAGUGGCUUGCUACCCAUGUUUGCACCCACAGAAUACUUGAUGACCUUUGUGGCAAUUUAUUCUUUCUUCUGUGUGGCUUUAAUGAGAGAAACUUGAAUAUGAGCCGUGUGGACGUGUACUCAUCGCAUUGCCCUGCAGGGACAUCUGUACAAAACAUGAUCCACUGGAGCCAGGCUGUGAAAUCUGGGGAACUCAAAGCUUACGACUGGGGAAGCAAGGCUGCAAAUAUGGCUCACUACAACCAGUCUACUCCCCCUUUCUACAAAGUAAAAGAGAUGACUGUACCAACUGCUAUAUGGACUGGUGGACAGGACUUGCUGGCAGACCCAAAGGAUGUUGCCAUGCUGCUCACUCAGGUCACAAACUUGGUUUACCACAAACACAUUCCAGAAUGGGAACAUUUGGAUUUCAUCUGGGGCCUUGAUGCACCUCACCGCAUGUAUAAUGAAAUGAUUAACAUGAUGAGGAAGUAUUUGUAAACCAGCGUGGUAUUUCAGAGUAUUAGUUCACCAGAAAUUCACCUUUCUGGAGCAUUUGCUUUUCUGGCAAUAAUGCUACAUUGCUUAUUUAUGUUGUGGUUUUUAAAAUGCCAGCAAUUACUACUAAAUGGGAUUCAUAUUUGAUUAUUUUUUUCUCAGUAUUAUUUUUCUCUCCUGCAGAAAUCCUCAUUCUAACCUGCUGAUUUUGCACACAGUGGCACAAGACCAAAAAACAAGCAGUGCAACUUUGCACACAUAUAGUGUGUAUAGAGUGAUAACUGAAAGACAAAAUAGUCUACUGAGCACCAGAGAUGUUUGAGAAUUUAGAAGUAUUUUGCUCUGUGUAUAAUGCUGCCACUUCUUACUACAUUGCCAUUUCUGAGUACCUUUCAGAAGUACUCCUUGCAUUGUAGUGAUCCCAUUUGAUGCUGGUACUUCAAAAAGCACUUAGUGACUUCCUGCUGUGUUAUUUUAGCCAUUAUUCACAAGCUAGCUACAUCAGAUGACUUCCAGUAUUGCCAAGAAGAAUUGUCUUGAAGUCAUAGAAGAUCACCACUGUCGAUUGGAAAUCAAGAAAAAUGCACUAAUCAAACAGCAUCACUGAAGCUUUCCAUGUUCCACAUAAUAGCUAUGGAUAAGGAUUGUUACUUACCCUUGCUAAUUCCUGGAACUGAAGAAGCAGUUAAAAGAAAUACCACUUCCACCUUUGUGAAUAGGUUGUGACUUACUAGGAGAAUGAUAUAAAACAUUUGUGUUUUAUUUGCACUGACCACUAGAAAACUCUUCUUCCCCCCUGCCACUACACUUCUGGUCAGGGAAGGGCCAAUGCGUUAAUUCUGUAUGUUGAGCAACUUAGUUUGCAUGGACUCUUCUCCUUAAUCUGCUGCUUUAAGGACCUGUUUACUUUUUAGCUGGUUGUAUGGUGCUUGCCACCAUUGUGUUCAGGAACUAUAAAGUAUGCUGCUGAAGCCUGGCAGUAUUUAUGUCAAUUUCCAUUCGUCUGUUUCUACUUUUAAAGUGGGGCUAAGCCUCCAUUCAGUGGGGGUGGAGAAUUCAGAUUUGCCUUAGAGGCCUGACUUUGGAGCUACAGUUGUCUCUGGUAUAGGUGCCUUGCUCUUUCCGUUGACUGUGCAGGGAACUUUGACUCCUCUGAAUUUCAUGCCUAAUGGAGAUGUAUGAACAAUCUCCAGAGUCAGUUACCUCAGUCCAGAUGGUAAUUUCUGUGCCAUAGUUAGAGUUCGUUCCAGAUCUCUGUAAUCCUAAGAGAAAGAAUUGCCUUUUGUAUAUGGCAUAGAAAAUAGUACACUUUAAAUUGAGGCCACUUUUUUUUUUUUUUUUUUUAAUUGGAAAAAGGAAACCACACAAGAAGAUGUGUAAGCCAUAAAUUAGGGUUUGUUGUGUUUUGUUUUUUACUCCUAAUUCAGUCUCAGGGAGUCCUCAGGCUUUGUUUAAGGAGAAAAGUGGUUUGUGGUAUUUCAGUUGUGAUUCCUAGCAGGACCUUUAAGUUUGCUUUGUAUCUGUAGCUGCUACGUUUGCUUCACAUUGAUGUGCUGGAAGGAAGACUGUAGGAAUCCCAAUUGACCAACUCUGUGAUGGUAUGAUGGCAAGAGCCAUGCGUGUUAUGUUUAUUGAACUUGAGAUAUCUCAAUAAAUGUGAGAGACCUGCUCAGA